AUGGCUUCCGCAUCGCUCGCAGAAUCCUACCACGGAUCUUACCAUGCAUCCUGCGCAUCGAACGAGGAAGAGUCGAGUUUCCUCAAGCGAGUUCGUCUCCUCCACUGGAUCCGACUCGGCGUUUCUUCCCUUGCCCUGGGUAUCUCCAUUGCAAUCAUUGCCUGCGAGGCCGUGCCCUACCGCCACUACCGCGACACAUCUUCCUUCGAGAACAUCGGUCUAUACCUCUGGCCGCUGAACCUCGACAUCCGGCCGACCAUCGCAAUCCUGGCUUGCGGCUGCGUUGUUGCAUUUCUGAGCCUGCUUUUCAUUGUCGUGGCUCUCUUACCAUCGCCACACUCGCACAUCCGCCGCGCAAACCUCGCCGCCGUCGGAGUCUCGACUGCAGGCUUCAUCGCCACCCUCGUCUCUCUGGUCUUCGCAAUCUACCUGCCCGGCUCCUCAUACCCCACAAACUUCAGCUCGGUCGAGACCCUGCACUCCUGGACCUGCAAGUGGAAGGCGGCCCAUGACCUUCCGCUUGGCUUCUCCGACGCCGCCAACGAAACGGCCUCCCCGGCGCCGGUGCACUUUGCUCGUGACUGCGCCGCUACCCGCGCCGGCUUCAUCCUGCUUGGUAUACUUAUUGGGGUUGAAGUCAUUCUGGGUAUUGCGGCGGGUGUGGGGACGUGGCUUGAGCUGAGCGUUGCGAAGCGGCGUGGACAGGAGCAGUAUCAGCUUGAGAAGGUUGAGACGUCGUUUGGGUUUAAGAGGUGA